AUGGGGAGGAUCGAUUAUUUGGCCAUGAAAACAGACCAGGAAGCUGCGGCGCUGCUGGAUGCUGAUUUAAACGAACUGAAGCUCGCCGCCAAGAAGCUCAUCGGCCACGCCUCCGUGCUCGGCGGCCGCGCCGUCGGCACUUCCUUCCUCAGAUGGGUGGCCUCCUUUGCCGCCAUCUACUUGUUGAUCUUGGACCGGACAAACUGGAGAACAAACAUGCUGACUUCGCUACUGAUCCCUUAUAUUUUCCUCAGUUUUCCUCAUGUCCUGUUCCACUUUCUUAGGGGAGAAGUUGGUAAGUGGAUUGCGUUUGUUGCGGUUGUGCUUAGGCUUUUCUUCCCAACACAUUUCCCAGACUGGCUGGAAAUGCCAGGCUCAUUGAUCCUUCUGCUUGUGGUUUCGCCCGAUUUCUUUGCCCACACGCUGAGAGACCACUGGGUUGGGGUGGCAAUUUGUCUUGCCAUCGGUUGUUAUCUUCUGCAGGAGCAUAUCCGAGCUUCCGGAGGCUUCCGGAACUCUUUAACACAGAGCCAUGGCAUAUCCAACACGCUCGGCAUUAUCCUAUUGCUGGCUUUCCCCAUCUGGGCCUUGCUGACCCAUGUCAUCUGA